AUGGCGUCUCGCUCUUUUCAAUGGAUUGCCGUGUGCCUGCUGGCUGUCCUGCUAGCAUCGCCACCGCCGGCGAGGGCUCAGGACCCGACGGCCGGGUUCACGGCGGUGAGCCUGAGCGCGAGCAACUUCAUGCUGCAGAAGCCGUACAACAUGCCGGCGAGCUCGCGGUACAGCUUCAACGGCACCGUGCGGCAGAUGUGGAUAGCGCCCUCCGAUGACCCCUACUCGCCCCAGAGCGACACCAAGCCCAGGACCGAGAUGAGGAUGACCGGAUACGACUACUCGUCCGGCGUGUGGCAAUUCGAGGGCCUCGUGUACGUGCCGUCCGGCUCGUCGGGCAUGUCCAUCAUGCAGGUGUUCGGCGGCGACGCCACGGCCACCACGCUCAUGCUGCACGUCUACGGCGGCGCGCUCUGGUACUACAACCAGCAGGUCAUCGAGGACGGCAUCUACGACCGGUGGCUCCGAGUGAACGUGGUCCACGACGUCGGCGCCUCCAGGCUCACCGUCUUCGUCGACGGCCAGCUGAAGCUCACCUUCCCCGGCCGCGGCGGCGAUACGCACUUCUUCAAGUUCGGCGUCUACAUGCAGAGGGACGCCUCGGCGCGCAUGGAGUCUCUCUGGAGAAACAUCAGGAUCCUCAGGAAGAACUGA